AGGGAUGAGAGGAAAGGAGCGGGGGUGGAGAAGACGAACGGAACGCCGCCGCGAUCAAGGCUCCCCCUGUCUUUCUCUCUUGCCACCACUGUUUGUCAUUUUCUUAUUAUUAGCUUGUGUCCGUUGUUCGGUUUGAUCUGAAGCAUCAACAGUUGUGGAAUAUUGUAGCAACAGCCAAAAUACCGCUGACAAAAGGGUGAAAAACAUGAGUGUCGAGGCGUACGGGCCGAGCUCGCAGACUCUAACGUUCCUGGACACCGAGGAAGCCGAGCUGCUGGGAGCGGACACUCAGGGCUCCGAGUACGACUUCACCGAUUUUACCCUGCCGAGCCAGACCCAGACUCAAGGCCAAACCCAGAGUCAGCUAGACGGCCAGGUCAAUGGCCCUGAUGGUGUGUUACAGAAUGGAGACGACCCUGUUGUGAAGGCCAGCCAAUUACUGGCAGAGUUGAACUUUGAGGAGGAUGAGGAGGACACUUACUAUACCAAGGACCUUCCUGUGCAUGCUUGCAGUUAUUGUGGGAUUCACGAUCCAGCCUGUGUGGUCUACUGCAACACCAGCAAGAAGUGGUUUUGCAACGGCCGUGGAAACACUUCUGGCAGCCACAUUGUUAACCACCUGGUGAGGGCAAAGUCCAAGGAGGUGACCCUGCAUAAAGAUGGCCCCCUGGGGGAAACGGUUUUGGAGUGCUACAACUGUGGCUGUCGCAACGUCUUCUUGCUUGGCUUCAUUCCUGCCAAGGCUGACUCAGUUGUGGUGUUACUGUGCAGGCAGCCAUGUGCUAGCCAGAGUAGCCUGAAAGACAUCAACUGGGACAGCUCACAGUGGCAGCCUUUAAUCCAGGACCGCUGCUUUCUUUCCUGGUUGGUCAAAAUUCCCUCAGAACAGGAGCAGCUCCGGGCACGCCAGAUCACUGCUCAGCAGAUCAACAAGCUGGAGGAGCUGUGGAAGGAAAAUCCCACAGCAACCUUGGAGGACCUGGAAAAGCCUGGAGUAGAUGAGGAGCCCCAACAUGUCCUGCUUCGCUAUGAGGAUGCCUACCAGUACCAAAACAUUUUUGGUCCUCUUGUGAAGCUGGAAGCUGACUAUGAUAAGAAACUCAAAGAGUCACAGACACAAGACAACAUCACAGUAAGAUGGGACUUGGGCCUGAAUAAGAAGAGGAUUGCUUAUUUCACCCUUCCCAAGACAGACUCAGAUAUGCGGCUGAUGCAGGGAGAUGAAAUUUGCCUGAGAUACAAAGGAGACCUGGCCCCUCCUUGGAAAGGCAUUGGACAUGUCAUCAAAGUCCCUGACAAUUAUGGUGAUGAAAUAGCCAUCGAGUUAAGGAGCAGUGCCGGGGCUCCAGUGGAGAUCCCUCACAUCUUUCAGGUGGACUUUGUGUGGAAGUCCACUUCCUUUGAUAGGAUGCAGAGUGCUCUGAAGACAUUUGCUGUGGAUGAGACUUCAGUGUCUGGUUACAUCUACCACAAACUGCUGGGACAUGAGGUAGAGGAUGUGGUCAUCAAGUGCCAGCUGCCCAAACGCUUCACUGCUCAAGGCCUCCCUGACCUUAACCACUCCCAGGUGUACGCUGUGAAAACAGUGCUGCAGCGCCCCCUCAGUCUGAUCCAGGGCCCACCUGGCACAGGAAAGACGGUCACCUCUGCCACCAUUGUGUACCACCUCGCCAGACAAGGAAAUGGGCCUGUGCUGGUUUGUGCUCCCAGUAAUAUUGCAGUUGAUCAGCUCACUGAGAAGAUUCACCAAACAGGGCUCAAGGUGGUGAGACUCUGUGCCAAGAGCAGAGAGGCCAUAGACUCACCAGUGUCAUUCCUGGCUCUGCACAACCAGACCCGUAAUAUGGACAGUAUGCCAGAGCUUCAGAAACUCCAACAGCUGAAGGAUGAGACUGGAGAGCUGUCCUCCUCAGAUGAGAAGCGCUACAGAGCUCUGAGGCGCACUGCUGAGAGAGAGUUGCUUAUGAAUGCUGACGUGAUCUGCUGUACAUGCGUUGGGGCAGGAGAUCCUCGUCUGGCCAAGAUGCAGUUCAGAUCUAUCCUGAUCGAUGAGAGCACCCAGGCCACCGAGCCAGAGUGCAUGGUGCCUGUAGUCCUUGGAGCCAAACAGUUGAUUCUUGUGGGUGAUCACUGCCAGCUGGGACCUGUGGUGAUGUGUAAGAAGGCAGCUAAAGCAGGUCUGUCCCAGUCUCUGUUCGAGCGUCUUGUAGUUUUGGGGAUCCGACCAAUCCGUCUGCAGGUCCAGUACCGCAUGCACCCGGCCCUCAGUGCCUUCCCCUCCAACAUCUUUUAUGAGGGUUCUCUGCAGAACGGAGUCACUGCUGCGGACCGUGUGAAAAAAGGCUUCGACUUCCAGUGGCCCCAACCAGACAAGCCGAUGUUCUUCUAUGUCACCCAAGGCCAAGAGGAAAUUGCUAGCUCUGGAACAUCUUAUUUGAACAGGACUGAGGCAGCCAAUGUGGAGAAAAUAACAACGAGGUUGCUGAAGGCUGGAGCAAAACCUGAUCAGAUUGGUAUCAUCACUCCCUAUGAGGGUCAGAGGUCCUAUCUAGUCCAGUACAUGCAGUUCAGUGGCUCCCUCCACACCAAACUCUACCAGGAGGUGGAAAUAGCCAGUGUUGAUGCUUUCCAAGGGAGAGAGAAAGACUUCAUCAUCCUCUCCUGCGUGAGGGCCAACGAGCACCAGGGCAUCGGCUUCCUCAAUGAUCCCAGACGUCUUAACGUGGCACUCACCAGGGCCAGAUAUGGCGUGAUCAUUGUGGGAAACCCCAAAGCCCUGUCCAAGCAGCCUCUGUGGAACCACCUGCUCAAUUACUACAAGGAGCAGAAGGUCCUGGUUGAAGGCCCACUCAACAACCUGAGGGAGAGCCUCAUGCAAUUCAGCAAGCCCCGCAAGCUGGUGAACACAAUCAACCCUGGUGGCCGAUUCAUGAGCACAGCUAUGUAUGAUGCCAGGGAGGCCCUCAUUCCUGGGUCUGUUUACGAUCGUAGCAGCAACGGGCGUUCGUCCAACAUGUAUUUCCAGACGCAUGACCAGAUCGGUAUGAUUGGCACAGGUGCCAAUCCCAUGUCCUCCAUGAACAUCCCGAUCCCCUUCAACCUUGUGAUGCCUCCGAUUCCUCCACCAGGAUACUUGGGACAGGUGAAUGGACCUACAGCAGGUCGCGGUGGCGGUCUAAAGGGCAAAUCGGGCAGCGGAGGAGGUGGGGGAACUCGAGGUGGCCGUCAAAGAAACCGUGGAAACCACAGCGGUGGAACAGACCGCGGACAGCAUGGAGGUCAAAUGACUACAAGCCAGACUAGCCAGGACCAGGGCUCCCAGCCGUUCUCCCAGGGCCCUCUGACGCAGGGCUACAUUAACAUGAGCCAGCCGUCACAGAUGAGCCAGCCUGGGCUCUCCCAGCCUGAACUCUCCCAGGACAGUUACCUUGGAGAUGAGUUCAAGUCUCAGAUUGAUGUGGCUUUGUCCCAGGAUUCCACGUACCAGGGGGAGCGGGCCUACCAUGGUGGUGUGACUGGACUGUCCCAGUACUAGACUGUUGCAGGAAAGGAGCUAGGCCUGUGUGAAGCUUAGUUCAUUGGUAUUUUAAUCUGGGUAAUAACAAAAAAGAACAAACAUGGAUACCCGUUUUCCACUGCUACAACCGAAGCACCACUGUGUGAAAGUAACAGGAGAGAGACCGUGAGAAACCAACCAAUCACAAGAGUGAGAGUAAAAAUGGGAGUAGAGCUGGACAGGACGAGAGCAAGACGGAAAGAGUGGGAGACUGGUAGAGGAGAGAAGGCACUGCUGCUCACACGCGAAGACAUAGCAAAGGAGAAAGCUGUUGUCCUCGGAGCGGCGCAGUUGGGAGAGGUGAGACCUUCAACAGGUCGAGGAGGGCGAAAAGAUCUGAGGCAUUCUGGAGAGGGGAAAGGGGCCGACUGCGUCAUCUUGUCCCUCGCGUGCCCCCGAACCCUCGGAUCUCAAUGCGGUGUGGUUGGGAUUCUUGCUCCAAAAGCUGAGAAAGAAGGAGAAGAGGUGUCUCACACAAGUCCUCCAAGCUAACAACAGGACGUCCACUGUGACUUGGAGUGAGAGAGAAAAAUAAAUGGAGACGCAGCUCUUGAA